GUACCAACUCUUGGCAAAGGGUAAAACAUCACAAUGGCGACGAACAAAACCGAUAAACGAGGACCUACUGGUCAAAAGCGACCACAUCGGAAAUCACGGAGAGGAUGUCAACAAUGCAAGCAAGCAAAAAUCAAGUGUGACGAACAAAAGCCUUCUUGUGGCCAUUGCAGCAGGUUUCAAUCCAAGUGCUCUUUUCUGACCACGACUCCGACACCAUUCUCUGCAUCGGAUUCCUCAUUAAGAUCACCAGAAGCAUCCCCAUCAACACUUAACCAAAGCCACGACACAAGAUGUAGCACCGCCAGUCCAUCAGCAGGAUUGAUCACAGGAAGUGGUAUAGCGCUGGAUGUAAACAACCUAGAGCUUUUGCACCACUACACCACAACGACAAGCAUCACGCUAUCUGCUCGCCCGGAGCUGCAACAGAUAUGGCAACAAGUAGUUCCACGCCUCGCCUUCGCCCACAACUUCCUCCUCCAUGGUAUUCUGGCUUUCUCCGCACUCCACCUUGCUCACUUACAGCCGGAACGUAAAGCUCUCUUAUAUGCCGAGGCUUCCGCUCACCAUGAUCUCGGACUACAUAUGUUCCAAACCGCCAUGACCUGCAUCACUCCCCAGAAUUGCGACGCCUGUUUCGCGUUCUCGUCCAUCAUCGCUGCCUAUGCCUGGGCGUCUUCAAACGAAACUGGCGACCUGUUCUUCUCGGAUCUCUCAACUUCGGAGGUGAAUGUUGAGUGGGUCAGCCUGUUGCGCGGUGUUCAUACCCUUCUCCAAGUAGCCGGAGAAUGGAUGACGAACGGCCCGAUGAGCUUAAUGUUACAAGAUCGACACAUUGACCCAGAAUUAGCCAACGCAGUGGAUUCCGAAGUGAGCGCCAAGUUGAUCGCACUACGCCAACUGUGUUUCUCACCUGGACUGAAUGUCAAGGAUGCGGAAGUUUUGGAAAAGACGCUCAUCUUGUUACAAGAGGCACAUGGGCUGAUAGCAUCAUCCUCUAUUGACCAUGAAAUUGACGCUGUUUUGGUGGUUUACGGAUGGCCGAUUCAAGUACCAGAAGCUUUCUUUACGAUGGUCAAAGAACAGAGGCCGGAAGCGCUCGUUGUGUUGGCGCAUUACUCGUUGUUGCUGAACAAGGUGAAUCAACUUUGGUACAUGAAAGGGAUGAGUAGACGUCUGCUGAAGACUAUUCAUGGGAAACUUGGGAAGGAAUGGGAAAGUUGGAUCACUUGGCCGCUUCAGCUACUCGUUUUAGCGGAGUUUGAGGGUGGAGGAGAUUCUGGUGGAUUGCUUUGAAGCAUAUUUGUUUUAUUUGAAGGUAUAUCAGGUGUGUUAAUCUAGCUCUAAAUUAUGCAACGCAGUUUAUAUGAAC